CAAUUCAAUAUCUGCCCACAAGCUCCAUUAUUAUUUACAACGAAGUACCGCCAUUGCUGUUCGUUUCUUAAUUUGUGUGUUAUUUGUCAUAAAAGUGCUCAACUUGUGCAAAGUCGGUUGGAAUCCAGCUGGGGGGUAGUUUUCAGCUAGUCGAUCAAGAAAAUCCAGGUUCAGGUUCCGAGCAGCUGAGACGGGAGCAUCUCGAUUCUCGCUGAUUUAAUUAAAGUUAUUAAUUAUCCGACAUGAAACGGGAAGCUGAUGGUGACAUGGGUGCUCCAUUCAAACGCUCUCGCCGUGGCGAUGAGGAAGUUCGUAUAUUAAUUCCCAGCAAAGUGGCUGGUGCCAUUAUUGGAAAAGGCGGUCAAAAUAUAACCAAGCUAAGAAGCCAGUACAAAGCCUCGAUUACUGUCCCUGACUGUCCGGGCCCAGAACGAAUGUUGACUCUGUCAUCCGAUCUGGACACCGUCUGCAAUAUCGUUAAUGACGUUAUUCCCAACUUGGAAGAAAAUGGAGGACGUAUUAAUGGAGACGAAUUGGAUCUUCGCAUGAUGAUUCAUCAAAGCCAGGCGGGAUGUGUCAUUGGAAAAGGAGGAUCGAAAAUUAAAGAAAUCCGAGAUAAAACUGGCGCUCGGAUCAAGAUAUUUUCAAACUGCGCUCCACAGAGCACCGAUCGCGUUAUUCAGAUGAUAGGGCAGCCGUCAAAGUGUAUCGAUACGAUUCGCGAAGUUCUGACGUUGAUCAAAUCGAGCCCAAUUAAAGGUCCCGUUACGCCAUACGAUCCCCAUAACUUUGAUGAUUUUUACGCCGACGAGUAUGGCGGAUAUGGUAAUGGACAAGGUGGUGCUGGCGGCGGCGGCGGCAAUGAAAACCGUCGCGGAAGCGGUGGUCCACCUAAUAGAGGCAUGGGCGGUGGUCCUCGAGGAGGUGGCGGAAACGGAGGAGACCGAAAUGGGGGUGGAAGUGGAGGUGGCAGUGGCGGCGGCGGACGAUUCAACCGUGGCGGCGGCGGACCACCACGUGGAGGAGGUUCAAUGGGAGGAGGCAAUAGAAGCUUCAAUGACAGAGGUAUGGGAGGAGGAGGAGGAGGUGGCGGCGGCCGUGGUGGCGGUGGUGGUUUCGGAGGUGGUCCCUCCAGAGGCUUAAAUGGUGGCCCUAGCCCAUUUGGCAGAGACGAACCGUGGAGUAACAGACCAAUGAAUCAGCAAUCUGGCAUGAUGUCUGGUGGAGGCAGUCAUGGACCACCACACAUGGGCGGUGGAGGUAGUGGAAUGGGCGGCCCGAAUAGUGGUGGGGGGCCAGGUUCGACACAAGUUACCAUACCUAAAGAUCUUGCUGGCGCUAUUAUUGGUAAGGGUGGUGGACGAAUUCGUAAAAUUAGACAAGAUUCCGGUGCCGGAAUUACAAUAGACGAACCGCUUAUUGGGUCCAAUGAUCGCAUUAUCACAAUAACUGGAACUCAGAACCAAAUACAAAUGGCUCAAUAUUUACUACAACAGAGUGUCCACAAUAAUACAGAUCGUGGCGGUAACUACUAAAUCUUCCGAAGAGCGUUUUCAUCUAUCCCAUAAAUGUUAUUUUGUAUUUACACUAUCCAUACCCUUUAUUCACUUUAAUCCAUAACUGUAAUUUACUUUGGAAAUAUUUUUAUAGCGCAAGUACAUUCCAUCUCUGACUCAAAGGGCAUUUGAAAUUAAUUUGUGUCAAUUAGUAACCUGGAGUGGAAGCAGUUUUACUUGGUUUUACAAUUAUACGUUUAGCACUAGGAACAUUUUGCUUUAGUUUUUACACAAUGGACAAUUUCAAGGUAGUUAUUCAUUAUAUUUUAACAUGUAACAACGAGUUAUUGUAACUCGAAAAUCAAAUAUAGUUAAAGUGCUUGUACUAACAUAUUGUUAGGUAAAAAGAGUACAAAUACUUUUGUGUUUUUAUGAAAGUAAUCACCAAAUACAUCUCACAGAUAACCGUAGAAUGUAAAUGAAAGUUGAAGGCUUGUUCGUACGAACAAGUUUUGAACUAUGGGGGAAACUAUCGACAUUGUUUUCUAUUGGUAGUCGAUUUCAUCCCAGUGGAAAACAAUCUUUCAUUAACAGGUGUCGGUCUCUUAAAUCAGAUUUUGUGUUUUAAGUAUUGUAUCUCUUAAGUCUUCUGUAGCUUAACUUAAGGUAACUUAUAAAUAAGGAUGUACUUUUUUGGUUCACAUUAUCAGUUUUUCGACUUAGUAUAAAUAAAUAUGGAAAAUAAAAUAUU